AUGUUGUGGCUGCGAGUCCUGGCAAUUUUCGCAGGAUCUCAAGCUCGGCGCUGCGGUUUUCCGCUCCUGGACCACCACCCGCAGAACUUUUUGCCGGCAGAGGAAGUUAUGUGGCCGAUAGACAGUCCCAGCCCGUCUCCCCACGAGAACAUCUUCAACGACAUGUCGAGAUUCUGGGACCACUGUAGUUCUGUUGGUGGCACGCUAUGGGAGGUGUCAGUUUCGUCAGCCAGGUUGCCAGGAUCCACACUUUGCAUGGCGAACACAUGUAGCCCCCGCGAGGUCCAAUCGUGGUUGAGCAAGAACCACCGCAGAGCUGGUUGGAAUGACACAGAAAGUCUGGUUGUGCAACUUGGGCACUGGCGGCAUCUUAAAUUGGAUUUUGUUCUGGCUGGCUUUGAGAAGUGUGGGACAUCCUCAUUGUCUCACAACAUGGCCAGACAUCCAGGAGUUCAGUUCAUUCCUCCUGCAGCGAUGAAUGCCCGAAGCAAUACCGAUGACCAGAACGCGCAGGACGGCCAUUUCUUUUGGCAGGUCGGAGCUCGACUUCUUCCGCCUGCAGAUUUGAUUUACCGGUUCAAUGCAGGCUCAUGCUGCCUGGGUGGUGCCAGACCCCCAGGUUUCACUGAUGCGGACUUGAUUGGUCCGCUGAAAGAACCCCAAGGCCCAGGCCGUGCGCUUCUAAUUGGUGAGAGGAAUCCGGUUUAUGCUUUUCAGCGGAUCAUUAUGAAGAUGGUGUCCAUGGUCCCGUCAGCCAAAGUUGUGCUCUUGGCUUGCGAUCCAAUCCGAUGGCUUCAUUCUGCCUAUGGUGACACCAUGAAUUGGUGGAAUGCAGGUGACAAAGACGCACCGGCCCGUCCGCCGCUGCGUGAAUUCGCUUUAUCAGACUUUGUGGCCGCUGCGAAGCCAACCUCAUUGUCGCACAAGUGGUACAACUUGAGCCGCAGACGUGCAUAUUUUACGUUUUUUGCAGAGGGUGUCACUCGACUAUUGGGCGAUACACGAGUGCAUAUGCUACACCGAGACUCUGUUGACCAGAGAUUUGUCGGAGCAAGUGGAGUGCGUGAGGCCUACGAUCGACUUGCUGCGUUUCUGCAACUCAGGCCAUUUCCACCGGAUUUUGUUUUCCAGAGGAGGAACGUCAGAGCCAAGGCUGCAGUUCCAGCUGCCCUUGAGCUCUGCACGCGUGCAGAGCGCGACACGUUGAAGCUUCUGAAGAGGUACUAUCGCAGCGAGUACAGGAGAUUGCCAUUAUGGAUCACCCGACUAGGCGGCUUGGUGCCGACCAGCGUGGCUUCAAACAGAACUUGCUGCGAUGUGCUUAUGCUGGAGCGGACAAAGCUUCAGUACAAGGCGGAGGAGAAGAAGCGUCAAACAAAGGCGCUUCAAGUCCGUCAAAACUCACAAAACUUGGAGGAGCGGGAGCGCGGUUUUCAGCUACAUUUUGGUGGUGCCAACGAGCAAAGACUCGCCGAGGCUAGAAAGCGACAGCUUCAGCCUUCCCACACGAAGGAGAUGCAAGGCCGAGAAGAGUUGCACUCGGGAAAAGAAUGGCAAGUCCGGACGGUUGAGUUGCGGGGAAAGGAUGGAGAAACCUACCGAUCUUCUCCACAUGACGCCAAGCCAAGCAACCAGGUCAACAGGGAUACACCAGUCGGCGAAUUCCAUGAGGAUGUGCCUGAUGAUUUGGAAGAGGUCAGCAGGCCAAGCACCGGCGGUGCAAGCGCUGGCCUCGACCAGGACACGACGGGUAUCUUGCGCAUGAUGACUGGGGCAAGCGCAGACCAGCUUUCUCGCCUACGUGAUUCACUGAUGGAGCAGCAGGCUCCGAGUGCUGGCAGCGGGCUUCCAUUGCAGCCGAAUCGAUCAUCGACCUCGGGCAGGAGUUCUUCCCGGGCCAACGAGCCCCUGACAGGAAGCAGGCCCUCAUCGUGCUCUCGUCCAGCAUCAGCCAUUGCCGAUGCUAUACAGGCGGAGAAUGAGCGUGCCAAAAAGCUGAGCGAAGACAUGGAGGCUCGGGCAUCCAGGCCGAUUCCAGGGGAGGGACUUACGUCCGGCGGAUCAAGACCAUCCUCACGGUCGAGGAGUCGGAAACUUCCGCUCGGGCCAGAGGAAGCUGCUCAAGCAGCGCCUCCAUCAGUCCUAGGGUCAUUCAAGGCGCCCUCGGCUUCCCCCUGCAAUCACGGCUAUCCCGGUGCAAGGGAUCCAUUGCCUGCUCAGGCACCUACGGCAACGCCAGCCAGGCAGCUUGUUGAGUUGGGCAGGGAUGACCACGGCACCGCGGCCGAGAUCUUCGAUCGCGUCAGCCGGCUGGACCAAACAAAGCAGAAGGCCUUGCUUCGAAUGCUGGACUCCCUAGAGGGCGACAACUCGCAGCCGUCACAGCCAUCAACAUCGAGCAAGGCGCAGCCCGCGCAGCCAGUGUGGCUGCAGUCGGCGAACUCGGACCUCUGUACUCCGUUUGAGGAGAGGAGGAAUUCCGAACUUCGACAAGAAGACACACAGCAGGAGCUGCUGCAGUCUCUGCAAGCUCUGGAGCUCUUCCGAUCGUCGCAGAGCCGAAGGUUCUUUUCUGCAAGUUCGCAGCAGGACCUGCAUCCAACAGAGCCCCAUUCCCCAGCUCCGUCUCCGCUUCCGGAGCACUCUGACCCCUUGGCCACUGCCCAAUUCGGAGACAAGCACGAGCUCUUGGCGGAGGCAGCCGCAAUGGGCCUUGACAUCCCUGUGCGGAGCUUCGAUGAUACUGAUGUGCUGGAGAGUCAAGUCUCAGCAGAGCCGCGUGUGACGUUAGGCUCGUCCAUGAUUGCUAGUCAGCUACAGGAAAGCGUAGUGAUCCCAACUCUUCCUCGGGGGAGGACCCUCAUCUUCAACUGCGUCUCUACAUGGGGUGACAAAGAUUUUGUUGGUCUCGCCGGAAUCGAAAUCUUUGAUGGACGUGGAUUUCCAGUGGUCUUGAAAGAUCGAAACCGGCAGGUCACCGCGGACCCUCACUCCAUCAAUGUCUUGGAGGAGUACGAUCAUGAUCCACGCACACCGGAGAAGCUUUUUGACCAGGUGAACCUUACUCGAGAUGAUCUUCAUGUUUGGCUUGCACCCUUCUUCAGUGGCCGUGUGCACACUGUCACCGUCGACUUGGAUUGCCAGACCGAAAUCAGUAUGAUAAGAGUCUGGAACUACAACAAGUCUCGUCUGCACUCAAGCAGGGGCGUAAGGGAUCUGGAGAUCUUGUUGGAUGGCAGCCCAAUCUUCAUUGGUGAGGUCAGAAGAGCCCCCGGUGUUCUGACCAAGCCUGAAGAGGCAUGCGAACUCAUCUUGUUCACACAGGACGAGUCUGUUCUGGAGGCGGUGGCUGAACAUGAUUGGCUGCCAGCACAUCUGCCUUUCGACUCUGAUGAGGAGCUGCAGGAGGAAGCCGAGGAGGGGAGGAGUUCAGAUGCCCUGGGAGGAAGACCACCGACAGCUGAUUGUGCUAGCGCAGGACAUGGAAUGUCGCCUCGUGGACAGGUGACUCCACGCCUGUCCGAUGGCCGGCCAAUGACGAGAGCCCUGGAACGACAAAGGGGACGUGGAAUAGUAUGCAGCUCGGUCACGCUGCUGGUCAACUCGACCUGGGGAGAUCAGUUCUAUGUGGGACUGACGGCAUUGGAGGUACUUGGUGGCAAUCUCGCUCCCAUGGCGCCUGAUGAGGUCAAGCUGGAUGCCUACCCCAGAGACUUGAAUGACUUGGAGGGCGUGGAGGGUGACGUCCGAACACUUCAGAACCUUUUCGAUGGGGUCUGCUGCACAAUGGAUGACCAGCACAUGUGGCUGGCACCCUUUUUAAAGGCCGAAGCUGCAGAGGCGGCUGGAGACAGCGAUCGCAACUACCUCCGCAUUCUCUUUGAUACGGACCGUGAGGUUGCCGGAUUCAACAUCUGGAACUACAACAAGAAUCUCGAGGACACUUGCAGGGGUGUUCGAGAGUUCUCUGUGUACUGCGAUGACAGGUUCAUUGCGACGUUCUUGUGCCGCAAAGCUCCUGGUCAUGUGCACUUCGACUUCAAGCAGGUUGUUCUCCUUGAUCAGCCGCCUUCCGACCUGGCAAGACGAGCUCCUCCUCUGCCACGCUCAGCAAGGCGGCGAGAUGAUAAUCGCCCCACGAGUCGCGGUCGACCGCCAAGCGGGUCGGAAAGGACAUCCUCGCAGGUGGAUGUUGGGAGGCUUGCUGAACGAUCUCCCCAUUCCUUGGAACGUCCACCACAGCAGUACGAAACCCCAUUGCAUCCCUGUGGCUUCACUUUCAAGCUGCUUUUCGUGAGUACAUGGUCAGAUGUGCAUUACGUCGGAUUGGACGGUGUUGAGAUCUACGACGUCUUGGGCAGGGCCUUGAGGCCCAAGCGGGCGCACUCCAAUCACGGCAGUGUCAGGGAUCUUCCUGGCAUGGAAGCCGACGUCCGCACGGAGGACACCUUCCUCAAGGGUGCCCCAAGCAACAUGCGGAUGUGGUUGGCGCCGUUCUUCAGGCAGCCAAACAACUAUGUGGAACUGGUCUUCGAUGAGCCGACACAGAUCUCUUCAAUAAAGUUCUGGAACUACUCCAGGACACCAGCGCGUGGUGUCCGUGAUGUCGAAGUCUACGUGGACGACUUGCUGAUUUACCAGGGAAUCCUGAGACAGGCAUCUGGUAGAGACGGAGGUGAGAGUGUCUUGUUCACGGACCAGCCAAUGAUCAUCGAAAGGGAGCGUGCGUCCAUUUACCAGCCAAGUCCUGAUGACCUGGUUACUUUUAUCGAUGAAAGUGGGCAAUGGGAUCGCAUCGGUGGGCAUGCUUCAGGUGCACCUUUGGAACGACCCAUGACGGCACUCACAGCCAUCACCUAG